UCUUCUCAGCCGGCUCCUCGCUCUCGCACCACCUCCUCAGCACCAUGACCACCUGCAGCCGCCAGUUCACCUCCAGCUCCGUGAAGGGCACCUGUGGCAUCGGAGGCGGCUCCAGCCGCAUGUCCUCCGUCCUGGCCGGAGGAUCCUGCCGGGCUCCCAGCGCCUACGGGGGCCUGUCUGUCUCCUCCUCCCGCUUCUCCUCCGGGGGAGCCUGUGGGAUCGGGGGCGGCUAUGGCGGCGGCUUCAGCAGCAGCAGCAGCUUUGGUGGCGCCCUGGGCAGCGCCUAUGGCGGAGGAUAUGGUGCUGGCCUUGGUGUUGGCUUCGGGGCUGGUUUUGGCGCUGGUUUUGGUGGUGCCGAUGGUGGCCUCCUCUCUGGCAACGAGAAGAUCACCAUGCAGAACCUCAACGACCGGCUGGCCUCCUACCUGGACAAGGUGCGCGCCCUGGAGGAGGCCAACACCGACCUGGAGGUGAAGAUCCGGGACUGGUACCAGAAGCAGCGGCCCACUGAGGUCAAAGACUACAGCCCCUACUUCAGGACCAUCGAGGAGCUGCGGAGCAAGAUCAUCACGGCCACCCUUGAGAACGCACAGCCCAUCCUGCAGAUCGACAACGCCAGGCUGGCGGCUGACGACUUCAGGACCAAAUAUGAGCACGAGCUGAACCUGCGCCAGACCGUGGAGGCCGACAUCAACGGGCUGCGCAGGGUGCUGGACGAGCUGACCCUGGCCAGGACCGACCUGGAGAUGCAGAUCGAGGGCCUGAAGGAGGAGCUGGCCUACAUGAAGAAGAACCACGAGGAGGAGAUGCUUGCCCUGCGGGGUCAGACUGGCGGGGACAUCAGCGUGGAGAUGGACGCUGCUCCCGGCGUGGACCUGAGCCGCAUCCUCAAUGAGAUGCGUGACCAGUACGAGCAGAUGGCCGAGAAGAACCGUAGAGACGCUGAGGCCUGGUUCCUGAGCAAGACCGAGGAGCUGAACAAGGAAGUGGCCUCUAACAGCGAACUGAUCCAGAGCGGCCGCAGCGAGGUGACCGAGCUGCGCAGAGUGUUCCAGGGCCUGGAGAUCGAGCUGCAGUCCCAGCUCAGCAUGAAAGCAUCCCUUGAGAACAGCCUGGAGGAGACCAAAGGCCGCUACUGCAUGCAGCUGUCCCAGAUCCAGGGGCUGAUCGGUGGUGUGGAAGAGCAGCUGGCACAGCUGCGCUGUGAGAUGGAGCAGCAGAGCCAGGAGUACCAGAUCCUGCUGGACGUGAAGACGCGGCUGGAGCAGGAGAUCGCCACCUACCGCCGCCUGCUGGAGGGCGAGGAUGCCCACCUCUCCUCCCAGCAAGCAUCAGGCCAAUCCUACUCUUCUCGGGAAGUCUUCGCUUCCUCAUCCUCCACCUCUGCCGCUCGCCAGACCCGGCCCAUCCUCAAGGAGCAGGGCUCGGUCAGCUUCAGCCAGAGCCAGAGCCAGAGCCAGAGCUCCCGGAACUGAGCUGCCUCUGCCGGAGCCCCUGCCUGCGCCGGCCUCGCCCCCUGGAGGCCGGACCCGGCCUGUCAUCCCAGCGCGGUUCCCAG